AUGCUGUCUCGCGGAGCCUUGUCAAUUCAGGCGCGCGCCUUGAAGGGAAUCGCCCGUGCCACACCCUGCAUGCAGACCCGUGCCGAGAGCACAGACGCGGCCAGCAGCGAAUACCAGGGAUCAAAGAACUACGUUCCUGGCAAGCAGGGCUACGCGCCAGGGUUCCCGCCGCCCAGAAACUGGCCAGCGGAGCCACGCGAGCCGCCUAAACCGCAGCUUGCUAGCGACCUGGCUGUGCCGACCACGAAGAAGCAGAUUGACAGCCGCUCGUCCAACCCGGAGCAGAACGCGACGCGUCUGUACAAGCAGAAGCUGCGCGAGAUGCGCUUCAGUUACCAGUACGACCACCUGGUUAAGCAGCAGGUGAAGCGCGAGCAGCAGGAGGAGAGCCUCGAGCGGGUGAAGAGGUACCAGGCCAAUCGCAAGGAAAAGCUGCGCCAGGAGUGGAUCGAGUACGACACCAAGGUGCGCUCGGACCCGCUGUCUGCUGAGAACGUGCUGAACUCGGAGGGCAAGACUCUGCUGAGCAACAUCCCCGGCGAGGAGUCGCACGCUGAUCAGCACCAGCCCGCAGUCGAGGCCUCCGAGGAGGACAGCGCCAACGAGGCUGUUGCCAAGCCCAGCGCUGGCCAGCCCGGCUACAAGCUGGCUCCGCCGCGCGUGUCCAUUUCCAUCCCGAAGGAGGCCAAUGAGCUGCGGGCCCAGGAGCGCACGCGCAACCGCGAGCUGACGCAGGAGCGCCGCCACGAGCAGAAGGUGCAGGCGCUGAUGGCCCUGUUCCACGAGGCAGAGUCGUUUGUGCACUACCACAACCUGGAGAAGAAGAUUUACGAGUUCACCAACCUGUUGUCGGUGUCCCACCGCACUCUCGGCGAGCUUGUCGACGACAUGAACUCCAACGGCGGCGUCACAACGUCUCCCGAGGUCGCCAGGCGCACAGUCGAGCUCCGCAACACCCUGCAGGGCACAACCGGCCGCAAGGGCGAGAUGGGCAUGGAUGGGCUGAUCGAGUGGCUCGACUCGCACCCCGAGGACGCCAACGGCAUCCACCACCUUGACACCAGCGGCGAUGCCACAAAGAAAUAG